UAGACGCUGGAUAGAACCGCCCUCUUUGGAAUCCUAGUUUGGCCUUUUCCAGGUCUCCCCCACAGUAUCUUAAAUUAGCGUACGGAUGCUGCCUACUUCUCUGCCUUUCUGUGCAGAACAACUACACGACAGGCAGGCAACCAAGCCCAUGGCACACGGGGGGCCCAAGCACAGCUCGGCUCUCCUCGGCACUCAUCGCAUCCUAUGAGCCUUUCCAUCAGUGGACACACAUACAGGGUAAGCAGCACGCGCGUUCUAUCUCCGCCGUAGCGCCCUGGGAGCACGCGGCCGUGAGAGCCAUGACUUUGAGCUCCGAGAUGUCGGAUGCCUCCGUGCUCUCGGAAGAGACCGACAUCGAUGUGGUGGGUGAGGGUGAGGAUGCAGACAGUCGUACGCGCUCCUACGUGGAUGAGGUGGCGCAGAUGCAAGACGACAUCCUGCUGUCCUCCUCCCCGCCGUGCGGAGACUCAUCUGUCGCCCGGGAUCCGUACAAGCCAGCCAAGAACACCCUGGUGAAACCCCCGUACUCCUACAUCGCCCUUAUCACCAUGGCAAUCCUCCAGAGUCCCAAGAAGCGCCUCACGCUCAGUGAAAUCUGCGACUUUAUCAGCAACCGCUUUCCGUACUAUCGGGAAAAGUUCCCUGCGUGGCAAAACUCCAUCCGCCACAACUUGUCACUGAAUGACUGUUUUGUGAAGAUCCCGCGGGAGCCAGGGAACCCCGGGAAGGGUAACUAUUGGACUCUGGACCCGGAGUCGGCCGACAUGUUCGAUAACGGGAGCUUUCUGCGCCGUCGGAAGCGUUUCAAGCGCCAGCAAGCGCCUGACCUGCUCCGAGACCAUGGUGGUUUUCUCCCCGCUGCUGCCGCAUACGGUUACGGACCCUACGGCUGCGGCUACGGGCUCCAGCUGCAGUCGUACCACACGCACUCAGCGUUGUUCGCUUUCCAGCAGCAGCAGCAACAGCAGCAGCAGUCGUCCCGCCACUCUCACGGCGGAACCCUUAUCCCCGCGCCCUCUCUGAUGCCCACGAGCACGGAGUUGGCCAGGUCCCGCUUUUACCCCCCUCUCAGUCCUAGCCUCUCCUCCCCCGUACAGACUACGGCUAAGUCCGGUUCUCCGGUCCACCGAUCCCCGUUCUCCAUAGAAAGCAUCAUCGGGAGCUCAGUGAGCCCCGCGCACUCGCACUGUGCCUCGCGGACUUCUCCGGUGAUCCCGGUGUUACCGUCCUCACUUGCGACGCGGCAUUCGCCAAACCCGGCGCCUCCGCUACCGGGAGUAGUGCACGGUGGGACAGCAUUACACUCAGUGGUCGAGAACUUUUCCAACCGGAUUGUCAGCAGCACUAGCGGCUGUUAAUUGGUUGUGUAACUUCACAGUUUUAAAGAGACAAAAUCAAAAACGCCCCUGUGUUAAAGGUAGGAUUAUUUUUGUAUUGUUCUUUCUUGUUUGCAAACAGCUGAAUGACGGACGUUAACACAACUCGUGCCUAUAUUCAUGCUGUGAAAAAAACAUAUAAAUAUAAAUAUUUAUGUUAACAGUUUAGUGUUCGUCUAAUUUCUAUCCCCCACGAACUUACGUUAUUAAGUGAUACGUACAUCACUGUCUAGGGCGCCUCAGGAUAACGACAUUAUUAACAGGUUAUUAAAAUGUCACUUGUUUAAAACAAUGUAUUUUGUGUCAAAACACCGAUGUUUUUUUCUAGUUUGACAAAUUGAAACAUUUUUCCUGUUUUGAUUUGUUCUUUGUUAUGAAAAAAAAACGAAGUUGAAAGUCAAACAUUUUUUAUGCAGUGUGUUUCCGUAAUAAAGCAUUGUACACUAUUUGGCAAGUAUUGUAUACUCGGAGUGUGAUAU